AUGGCGCAGUCAGCAUCGGUGCAGGCGGUCAUUGAAGCCGUUUCCGUCCUUGGUCUGCACACGGACAAGAAUUCGAUUGAUGCCGCGGGCAAGUGGCUCCAGGAUUUUCAGCACAACGACGACGCCUGGGCUACAUGUAACCAGCUAUUACUGUUACCUGAUAUCCCUGAAGGGCCGCGGGCAUUCGCAGCCCAGACGUUUCGAACCAAGGCAAGUGUCUCUCUCAUUACAUACGAUUUCCACCAAGUCGAUCCGGCUCAUCGCCAGGGCCUCCGAGAUUCGCUCGUAGCGGCGAUUCAGCAAUACUCAGCUGGGCCGCGGGUUGUGCUUGUUCAGAUCUGCCUGGCACUCUCGGCUUUUGUGCUGCAGUAUCCGGAAUGGGCCAACCCCGUCGCUGACCUAAUCGCAUCCCUUGGGCAAGAUCCCAACACCGUGCCCGCGCUGCUCGAGUUUCUUACGAUCGUGGCCGAGGAGGUGACCACAAAUUCGCGCAUUCCGAUUUCGGUCAGUACCAGGAGCCGCUCCAUUCCCUUCGUCCCUUCGCAUUAUCUCCGGAACCGAACCGAUCAGCUUUUGACGAAUAAUGCGAAUCAAGUUUUAACCUUGCUUGCGAUGUAUAUACAAGCACCCGGAGUCACCCCUGCGGUUCAGUCUCAAGUAUUCCGUUGCGUGAAGAGUUGGGUCAGGGCGGGUGAACUUUCGCCAACCGAACUCGCUCAAUCCCCAUUGUUCGGGUUUGCAUUUGAUGCACUUGCGACAGAGCAACUUUUUGAUGCUGCUGUAGAAGUCAUCUGUGACAUCAUUCAUGAGACUCAAGAGGUUGACGAUUUCCUCCCAAUCAUUGAACAGAUAACAGCCCGUCUCAUUGUGAUCAAACCAAAACUGGCCGAAGUGGGGGAUGAUUCAGACAAGAUGCGCGGAUAUACGAGGAUAUUCGCUGAGGCUGGGGAGACAUACCGCACUCUUAUCGUUGCCCAUAUCGAAACUUUCCAGCCAAUCGUCGAGGCCAUCCUCGAGUGUUCAUCAUAUCCCGAUCUAGAUGUGGUCCCAAUCACCUUCCAAUUUUGGUAUCACUUGUCUAUGUCUGCCCGUAGCCGCCGUGAUUCAGUCUCGCCUGUAAUUGCGGAUGUCUACCAAAGACUCACCGGAAUUAUGAUUGACCAUCUGCGGUUCCCAGCUGACUUUGACGAGCUUUCAGCACAGGAGCGAGACGAAUUCCGUGACUUUAGGCAUAUUAUGGGCGAUACCCUCAAGGACUGUUGUUACGUCCUUGGGUCGUCCUUGUGCCUGUCGCGUACGUACGAGAUGAUAUUGAAGACACUCGGGGCUCCAGCGAGCAACCAAGCCUGGCAGGACAUUGAAGCACCCCUAUUCGCGAUGCGAUCGAUGGGAGCGGAGAUACCACCGACAGAUGAGGAGGUUGUUCCUCGUAUCAUGGAACUCGUCGUUCGGCUCCCGGCUCAUCCAAAAGUGCGAUAUGCUGCUACACUAGUGGUGUCUCGAUACACUGAAUGGGUUGCACUCCAUCCCACGUAUAUUCCUGGGUUAUUGGAUUACAUUUCCGCUUCUUUCGACGAUUCUGACAAGGAGGUCGUUGCUGCUGCUGGUCAAGCUUUGCGCUUCUUGUGUAAGGAUUGCAACACGCAUUUGACCUCGUAUUUUUCACAACUUCAUACGUUUGUUCAAACUAUGUCACCCAAGAUUUCACAAAGUGAUCGUGUCGAGAUAUAUGAGGGGAUUGCUCAUGUCAUUUCGGCAAUGCCGCUUCAGGAUGCCGGAGCUGCGCUGAAGCAAAUGAGUCUAGAACUAUUGGAGAAGAUUCACGAAGCCGCUUCUGCCCCCUCUUCUUCAGUUAAAGUGCAGACAGAUGCAAUUUGCGAUGGUGUCGAGCUGUUGUUGACUAUGCUUGAAAUUAUUGGCCCCUUCGGAGAGGAACUUCCGGCUUCGUGUGAAGACACAUGCUCGCAAGCAUGGAUAGUUGUCGAUACCGUCCUCACCCACCACGGCGGAGAUCCCACCGUUUCGGAGAGUAUAUGCCGACUCUUGCGUGCUGCAAUACCGCUUUUUGGCAAUGCCGCACUUCCCGUUAUCCCGCUUGUCAUCAAGCGCGCGGUUCUCAUCUUCGACCAAACCGGUAUUGCCAGCUACCCUUGGAUUUUACGCAAAUGCAUCGAGGCACAUGGUCACACGGGUAAAGUUGCACUCCGCGAAGACUUCAAACAGGCGUUCGAGUUGGUCAGCAAGAAACUAUCGACUCUUUUGCAAACACAGCCUAUCACCAGCAUUCCCGAUGUCCUUGAAGACUACACCGCCCUCGCUAUGAUCAUGCUUCAAUAUACCCCUGACCUUCUGUUGUUGUCUUCAGCAUUCCCUAUUGCUAUUCAGGUACUACUGGCAUGUCUUUCUUUGGUUCAACCCGAAGCUAUAGACGCCGGAGUCGAUUUCGCCUAUACCUUACUGGGCCAUGACGCGUUGAGUCAGGAAAGCCCAUCCCCUCCACCAAACUUUCCGCUUUAUGCGAACGCUAUCCGAAACGCAGUGGGUCCACAUGGGGCCCAGCUUGUGUCAGUGUUGCUGAACGGAUUGUCCGGAUCCUAUCCCGAAGAUGUGACGUCUCCAGUAGUCAGCGUGAUCGGAGAACUAGCGAAGAUCUGGCCGAACGAGUUUCCCAUGUGGAUCACCACUGCAGUGGAAUUACUCCCCACGAGCAACGUUCACCCUACCGUCAAGUCAACAUUGAUCUCUGAUGUUAGCAGCGCAAAGCAGCCCCAAGGUAUCAAGAAGGCAGUCAUGUCGUUCCACCGGUCUAAUUCCAAAAUGCGCGAACGUAGGAGGGAGGCUGUGACGCCACAGAAGGUUUAG